UGCGGACGUUCGUGCUGACGGCGGGACCCGCGGCGUCCUGAGCAGUUUUAGAUCAGCGGUCUGAAGAUCUCGUUAAGACUUCACAUCCCGCGAGAGUAGCUUCGUGUGAACCCGUCAGUGGUGAGUGCUGUCGAAGAGAUGUCUCGGAAAGCCCCCGCCCCGCCCCUGGUGGCUGUUCGCUCGCACGAGCAGCGCGUGCUCCGCAGGUUCGACGAGCUCCGGCGCGGGGAGCAGUUGUGUGACGUCACGCUGGUGGUGGAGGACGUGCGCUUCAAGGCGCACGCGGCGCUGCUCGCGGCCAGCAGCGACUUCUUCUCCGUCAUGUUCACGGCGGGGGGGCCGCCCCCUCCCUCCACGCUCCGCCUGGACGGCAUGACGGCGGACGCCUUUGCGGCCGCGCUCGACUUCAUCUACGGCGCGCAGGUGCGCGUGGAUGAGCGCGCCGCCGCGCCGCUGCUGAGCGCGGCACGCCGCGUGGAGCUGGGGGGGCUGGUGCGUGCGCUCACGGAGCGCAGUCGCGACGGCGGGGGGGCCACCGAGCUGCCACGGCGCAAGCCAGGACGCCCCCGGAGGCGGGACAGAGAGGCCCCGCCCACUGAUGACGCGGGCGCGCAGAGGCGCCACAGCGAGCGCACAGUGCGCCCCCCCGCCAAGUUCAGAGGCUACAAGGUCGGCAGUGAGCCUGAGGAGGAGGAGGGGGAGGAGGCGGGGCGGAGGGGGCGCAGGAGGAGGCACCCCCCCUCAGAGGCGCGAUGCGGGGACUGCGGGAAAGUCUUCAAACACCAGCUGUUCCUGCGGGUCCACCAGAGGACGCACACAGGAGAGAAGCCCUUUCCCUGCUCCACCUGUGGGCGGAGCUUUACCCAGAAGCACUCGCUGCAGGCCCACCAGCGCGUGCACAGCGGCGAGCGGCCCUUCGUCUGCUCCGUCUGCUCCAAGUCUCUGUCCACCAAGCACUCUCUGCAGGAGCACCUGAACCUACACCGAGAGAAGUCCUUCACCUGUGAUAAAUGUGGGAGGAGCUUCACGCAGAAGAGGCAGCUGAAGAAUCACUACAGAGCCCACACAGGUAAAUCCUUACCGGAGUGUGCCGAGUGUCAGCGCCGCUUCAUGGACACCGCCCAGCUGAAGAAGCACCUGAGGACUCACACAGGUGAGAAGCCGUUCACCUGUGAGAUCUGUGGAAAGUGCUUCACGGCCAAGAGCACGCUGCAGACGCACAUCCGCAUCCACAGAGGCGAGAAGCCCUUCGACUGCGGCGUCUGCGGGAAGACCUUCUCGGACCCGAGCGCCCGGCGCCGCCACGCGGCGACCCACUCCGGGAAGAAGGCCUUCACCUGCCCCGUCUGCAGCCUGUCCUUCACUCGCAUGGACAACCUGAAGACCCACGCCAAGACGCACAGCAGGGAGGGCGGCGCCGCAGACGUGCAGGAGGAGGCGAGCGGCGCCCUGCAGCUGCAGCCCCCCCCGGGCUCAGAGCAGGAGAUCCAGCUGCUGGUGACCGAGCAGAACCUGAGCUUCGCGGCUCCGCAGGAGAUCAACCUGCUGGCCGCGGACGGCGCCGCUCAGCCCGCCCACUCCAGGUUCACACUGCUGGCUCAGACCGACGCCGCUACGCCGCAGAUUCACGCCGUCAGCAUGCUGGACGGCUCCACCCACGCCGAACAGAUGCACAUCAUCACGCUGAGCAAGGAGGCCAUGGAGCAGCUGCAGGCUCACCACGAAGCCCCGCCCUCCCACAGCGCCGCACCUGGACAGGUGAGCAGGGAGCCGCACGGCCACGCCAUUCACGUCAGCAGCCAGAGCGGCCAGCCCAUCUCCAUCAGCCAGACCAGCCAGCAGAUCUGCAGCCAGCACAUCCACGGCCAGACCUUCCAGAUCCAGGCCGGAACCGUGUCCUACCUGUACGCCGGCGGGCCGCCCCCGGACAGCCGACACGCCCCCCCCUGAGUCUGAGCCGCUGGGCGGGGCUCCUGAGCUCAGACCCAGAGGGGGUUCUGUUCCUCCAGAAGGACCAGGUCUGCAGACUUCCUGAACCUGAGACCUGGAAGUCCUGAACCCCCCCCAUCCUGGAAACACCUGGAAACACCUGAGAACACCUGAGAACACCUGAGAACACCUGUAAACCGUAGGAACAUUUUCCUGGUGUUCUGUUUAACCUGGAAAUAAAGUUUUUGUCGUCA